AUGCCUGGAAGGAAUGUUAGGCAAUGUAUUGAUAGAUGGAAACGUAAUAAUUCCCCUAAGAACCCACGUCGUGAGUGGACAACUGAUGAAGAUAAUAUCCUUUUGGAGAAAUAUAACCAAUUUGGUAAAAAUUACGCGACACUGGCUAAAUUUAUUCCUUUCAGGAACGAAUUAUCUGUUAAAAAUAGACUUGAACAAUUGCUUACAACUAACAAGCAGCCUAAAAUCGAAGUGAUCGCUACAAUGCAACCUAAACCCGAAACCUUUGAACCCAAGAAGGUCAAUGAAAGUGAUAUUACAUUAGACCGUAUACUUAAUCAGGUUGGUCUUGAUGCCUUUUCGGAGACAUUCGAUUUAUCCCUUUGGAAUCAAAGUUCGGAUUUGUUCAAGCUCUAG